AGAAGAAGAAGAAGAAGGCAAAUCUGAGAUCAGUGGAGUAAUUCGCUGACAGACUGUUGCUGCCGCUGCUGCUGCUGCAGGAAGGAACCUAUAAACAGAAACAAGAAACUCCUAGAUCCUGAAAACCCCGACCAGAGCAUCAUGUCCGCGUUGACGGGGAAGGUCCAGACCGUCCUGGGCCUGGUCGAUCCCAACCAGCUGGGCCGCACAAUGACCCACGAGCACCUGACCAUGACCUUCGAGUGCUGCUACUUCGCUCCUCCUCCAGGUGAUGCGGCCGUGGCGCAGAACCCUUUCCAAAUGCAGCACAUGCACUGGCUGAGGCAGAACCCCUACAGCUGCCACGAGAACCUGCUCCUGAAUCAGGAGACCAGCGCCGUCCGGGACGAGCUGCUGGCCUACAGGAAGGCCGGAGGGAGCACGAUCGUGGAGAACACCACCACGGGCAUCGACCGGGACCUGCCCGCACUCCGGCAGCUGGCCAAGGACACCGGGGUCCACAUCGUUGCGGGAGCUGGAUUCUAUGUGGACUGCACCCACACUGAGGCCACGAAGAAGAUGAGUGUAGAAAAGCUCACAGACAUCAUCGUCGGAGAGGUGCUUCACGGGGCAGAUGGGACAGACGUUCGCUGCGGUGUGAUCGGAGAGAUUGGCACCAGCUGGCCAAUCACAGAGAGCGAAAGGAAGGUGCUGAGAGCCACAGCACAUGCUCAGGCUCAGCUCGGCUGUCCUGUUAUUAUUCAUCCCGGCAGAAAUCCUGCCGCUCCAGCUGAAGUCCUCCGGAUUCUCCAGGAGGUCGGAGGUGACAUCGGCAAAACUGUCAUGUCCCACCUGGACAGGACCAUAUUCGAUGAGGGUGAACUGCUGGAGUUUGCCAAUCUGGGCAGUUAUCUGGAGUACGAUCUGUUCGGAAUCGAAACGCUGAACUACUGUUUCAACCUGGACGUGGACAUGCCCAGUGACAGCCAGAGAGUCAAGGCGUUGGCGUUCCUGGUGGACGAGGGCUACGAGGACAAGAUCCUUGUCGCACACGACAUCCACACCAAAGACCGCCUGACCAAGUACGGCGGCCACGGAUACUCGCACAUCCUGAAGAACAUUGUGCCAAAGAUGUUGACGAGGGGCAUCUCUCAGCAGCAGGUGGAUAAGAUUCUCAUCGACAACCCCAAACACUGGCUGACCUUCAAAUAAGGCAAACUAGAGGAGGCCGUAACCUUCGCUGAGUGUCUUACAGUGUCAGCACCCCUCCUGAUCUAGCAACUAAUUACCUUGCUCCAUAACAGAUCACUGACUUAAUCAAAUAAUUUCUUCUGAAAUUUGCAUUCAAAUCCAUCCUUUGCUUUUUGGGUUGUGCUGCUCACAAAACAGACAAACAGACAAAAGCGGCUUAAAACACUUAACUCUAAGUAAAAAGUGGCCAGUGACAGAAGCUUUGAUGAAGCUAUUCUUUUAUCUUCAGAUGAUAACUGAACACUCUACAAUGAAUAUCUCAAGCUCUUUGCAAUAAUAACAGUCCAAAGUGAUUGCCAAAUGUGACUUUGAACCAUUAAAUCAACAGCACUCCAGUGCUUCCACGUACAUGUGUCCUUAAUUUUGUAUUUUGUAUAGAGCAACGAUGUUUUCUAACUUUGUCUUUUCAGUAGAAGACGACUGCAGACUGUUGAUUCGAUGCUUUACAUGGCGAUCCCUGUAAAGUACGACUUCAUUUUAUACAGCGAUUAUUAACUUUCCGAGCCAAUGAUGUAAAAGAAGCUCGCAGGGAUCACAGCGCCGCCGAUUUGCAAUGUCGUUUCGGUCCCAAUAAUAACCACAAGAAUUAUGUUUUGUCUGCAUAAAUAUGAAUGCAAAUAUACAAAUAUUGAAUUCCCUCUGAA